AUGAACUAUUAUGUGUUUUUCUUGGCAGUGUAUGUGCUAAGUGCACAAUGCUUCAACGUGGAGAACCUGGAUAGGGAGUACUACCUGAUAAGCAACAAAAAAGUGUUUUCUCCUGCCGAGUACAGCGAAAGGGUUGCAAAGGGAGAGACGCCCAAGAUAAACAUAGAGUUCAAACCGGUGGAGGUGAAGCGAGAAACAAACAAGUACGUUUCCUUACUGGAGUCUCUGGACAAGUUGCAGAACCUUGCCUCGCGCGAGCUGGUGCACUCUGAUAGCAACAACAAAAUAAUUCUUGUUCCAUUUAAAAGCAUAAAGUUAAUAAACGACGACGGAGAAGUGAAUGUAGGAUAUUAUAAGGGAAGCUACGUAAAAAAGGGAAGAAUUAUCCAGAGCUACACCGGGGGAGAUGCAUGCGAUAUUUGCAAGGGGAAAAGAUGGUCCAGCACGGUGCACUACCAGCCAGAUCUUUCAGAGAUGGAGCUUUCGGGCCCUGUUGAAAGCUCCACGUGCAGCUACACCUUCUCCGUGAAAGGGAACGAGCUGACAAACGAGGAAAAGUACGUUGUCUUGGACGUGGUCCCCGUGGAAAACAAGGACCCUGAGGCAGAGAAAGACCAGAGCACGGAGGAGAACAGCCAAGAGUCCGCGCAAGCAUGCGCGAACAACGUCUGCAAAAACUCUUUCCCCAUAAAAGAAUACAGCAUAAUCACGGAGUCCAUUUCUGCGCAGGAAAAGAAAGAAGAAAAGAAGGGCGCAGAGCAGCCUUUAGAAAAGACCGAGCACAGUCCAGGCCCAGAGAAGGAAGAUUUGUAG